UCCCGGUGAGAGCUUCAGACACAGUUGUCAUUCUUUUCGCCUUGUCAGAAAAGUCUACAAACCGAUUACCAUACCUCCUUUGAAGCAUCGAACAACCAAAGAACCCGGACGAGCAGUCAACAUGACGGACACCGCCAUCACGCGUCUGCAAAACACCCUGAAGUGCGAUCUCGCCCGGAAGAAUUGCAUCGGACGCGAGUGCAUUCUCAAGCGCUUCUCCCAGUGGCUUUGGUCGGCCUGGAGGAUCAACAGAGCCGAUCCCCAUGAUGGUGGCAUUGGGGAGUCCACCGAUCGUCCCAAAACUACCACCUACACGUACGCGACCAGAAAGACUCCGAUCUAUACACUACCUGCUCCUGAAGAGUCAACAGAGAGUCUCUCUCCUCCAGAUCAGCCCUGCAAGGCAUGCAAAGCCUGGGGCGUGCCGUGCGAUCAACAGCGACCCCGCUGUUCUCAUUGUUUAGAUCAACAGAUUCUUUGUUUCUAUGUGCCUCCCGUUCGGAAAUCGACCAGAAAGUCUACCAAAUCGACCAAGCAGAUCCAACCCAAGAAGUCAACCCCGCAGGUGCAGGAAACUUAAAUCCAACACAAAUCAAGGUCUCCGCCCGUGACAGGAAUUCUGGGACCCGUGGGGAACACGACCUGGCAUCCCCGGUGCUUCUCCCGAGCUCGACUUAUCCCGCGUUUCUAAGUGUGUUGAUGCGCUGUAUGAGAUCCAUUGCACGAUCGCAUUAUAGCAGGAGACUGGCAACGUGGAAAGCUUCUGAGCAACCUGACUACUUCGCAUUCGAGCUCGACCAUGUUGCCACGCACGAGA